AGGGGAAAUAUUUGAAGCCUGUGUGACAGGAUGCUUUCAUCAAAUAGCAUUUUCUGUACUUGGUCUUUGGCAGUCUUGUCUGUGAACUGGAAAGUGAAGAGAAACUCCCCAAAUGAUAUUUCUGAAAAUGCAAAGAAAGCAAAUAUACACAACUCUCUCUCAUGCCAACGCUUGAAGAAAAAGUGCCCCUAGGGAAUAUUGUUUAGUACUUUUAGUUUAACAUGUGAGAAAAGAAAUGACUGAUAGCAAAAAAUCUCUGGGAAAGAGGCUCAUAUAUUCAUGCUUCUUUAGAGUUUCUUAACAUAAAUUAUGACAUUAUGCAGAAAAGCUGCAAAAGGAAUGCUUUACAACCACUUUUAUAAAUCGUGUGAUUCUUUUACAAAGAAAGACAAAUGUUUGGAAACUGGAAUAUCUUCUUCACUGGAAAAAGCCAUGCAUGCUGAAAUUCAGUUAAAAAUGGAUGGAUCUCAAGUAGAGUUGAAACCACUAAGAAGCCAGUCCUCAGUAAAUGAAAAUGAAACUGAGAGUGUUGAUUUCAGUUAUGUUAAAAAUAGAAACAUCUCAAAAGGUUUAUGUACCUUGCACGACAGAUUAAUUUGGAAUGACUCCUUACAAUCAGUAAAGACUUAUAAUGAAAGCACCAGUGAUUCCACAAUCUGCACUUGUAAAUUGAUAGAACUACCAACUACCUGUGGGGAUAAAACUGGACAACAGCUAUGUGAUUCCUAUGAUACUUCAGUGCAUAACUAUUUGUGUUUGGAAAGAGCAUCCCAAAAACUCAGUGUGGCAUGCUUAAGCCACAAUACUUUCUCAAGUGGUAAUUUUACUGGAAGAAUAUAUUCAAAGCCCAUUCUGAGCCAUUUUGAAAACUGCAAUGAAAGCUAUAGAGAAGAGAUGGAGGAAGAUCUUUCCCGAAGUAAGAAGGAGCGCUCAACUUUAUUAAUCAGAAGAUUUUGCAAAAAUGAUAAGGAGGUUAAAAAAUCGGUCUAUACUGGGACAAGAGCAAUUGUAAGGACUUUACCAUCUGGGCACAUAGGAGAUACUGCUUGGAAUUAUGUUGACCACUGGAGAACAAACUGUAGGAUUAUAUCAGAACAGUUAACACUUCAAGUUUCAAUAAGUCAUACAUUAAAUCCCUACCUUCUGCAAUCUAUAUGGCAUGAGAUCUUGAAGUCAGCACAAGGAACAGAAGAUUCUUUGGAGUAUUUUCCUCACCCUUUGAGGGAACCGCUAACAUCAUACCAUCAUGCAAAUUGCUGGUGCAAAGAGAACUCCUCUUGCAUAAAACCAUCUAUUCAAAGAGCUCCCAAAUACCGUGCCACUCUACACAGGACAUCCCUUUCAAAUUUUAUCAGUGGUGCUUUGCUAGAAGCAACUACAUCAUUAGGAGCAAGGAAUGGUGCACUAAAUAUAUUCGGAGGAUCAACUGGAAAGAACAUGCUAAAAGAACGACAGUUGAGUUCAUCUAUGGCUGGAUCAAAUGCCCUUACUUCCACUGUAGCUGGUAUGAGUAAAGAGCUUGUAGAACUUCAGCAUCUCAUUCAAUUUCCAGAGGAGGUUGCUAGUAUACUGACUGAGCAGGAGCAGGAUCUCUACCGGAAAGUAUUGCCCAUUGACUACCUCUGCUUCUUAACUAGAAAUAUGGGAAAUGCUGAAUGCCAGAGCAAACUUUCAACUAUUAAAACUUCAAUUUCUGCAACUCUUCUUUCUGCCCCAAAUGGGGAAUGCAGUGCUGUUGAAGACCUGGUGACAAGAUUCAAUGAGGUGAGCUCUUGGGUGACAUGGCUGAUUCUGACUGCGGGUUCUAUGGAGGAAAAACGAGAAGUCUUCUCCUAUGUGGUACAUGUGGCAAAAUGCUGCUGGAACAUGGGAAACUACAAUGCUGUUAUGGAGUUCUUGGCAGGGCUCAGGUCAAGAAAAGUUUUAAAAAUGUGGCAGUUCAUGGACCAAUCUGAUAUUGAAAUGAUGCGAAGCUUGAAAGAUGCUAUGGCACAACAUGAAUCUUCAUCAGAAUAUAGAAAAGUUGUAAAUCGAGCUCUGAAUAUCCCAGGCUGUAAAGUUGUUCCUUUCUGUGGUGUAUUUUUAAAAGAACUCUGUGAAGUUUUGGAUGGGGCUUCAAGUCUCAUCAGACUUUGUCCUCAGUAUAACUCACAAGAUGAAACACUGGAGUUUGUUGCAGAGUACAAUGGGCAAGAUAACUAUUUACAACGGAUAGGUCAAGAUGGCCUACAUAAUAUAGAAAAAGAAUCAACAGCUAACUACAUUUUUCAAACUAUUCGGAGCUGUAAUCGCAGCUUGGAAACAGAAGAUGGAGAAGAUAAUUUUAUUGAAUAUGAAGACAGAAAUUCCAGAAGAAAUUCUUUGAAGGACAAAAAUCGUUAUCAGCUUAUAACUGGAGAACUGUCAGAUUCUGAAAGUGACAUAUUUGAACAGUCUAAAGAAUGGACUACACAGUUAGCUGAAGAGCAGCAGAAAGCUUUCAGUCAUGGAAUAGAGCUCAUUCCCUGGUAUGUGCUGUCAGUCAGAGCUGAUGUCCAUCAGUUCAUGCUUCAAGGUGCAACAGUUAUACAUUAUGACCAAGAGACACACUUUUCAGUACGCUGUUUCCUGCAACUUCAACCUGACAAUAGUACAUUGACAUGGAUGAAAUCCACCACUGUUUGCUCUGCAAGUUCUAAAAUGAAAUUGAACAUGCCUGGCAGCACUGCUGAACUUGGGAAAUUUCAGUUUCUUGGUAAUACUGGAUUAAAUGGACUGGUGGAAGGAUGCUUAGAUCUGUUCUCAGCAAAGGCUGUGUAUAUGGGGCACUCUGGCAUUGAUAUGCAUGCUGUGUGUAUUCAGCAUAAACUUUGCAAUAUGUCUCUUGAAGAGAAUGGUAUAACACUAUUGUAUGGACUUCAAACUACUGAAAAUAAGUUGCUGCACUUUGUGGCUCCGAAAUAUACUGCCAAAAUGCUGUUUGAUGGAUUGCUGGAAUUAAUGAAUGCUGUAAGAAAGAUGAAGAAAUUUCCUGAUCAGAGACUGCAGUGGCUGCGAAAACAGUAUGUCAGCCUUUAUCAGGAGGAUGGACGUUAUGAAGGACCAACUUUGGCUCAAGCUGUUGAACUGUUUGGAGGGAGGCGUUGGAGUACAAGAAAUACAAGCCCAGGAAACCUGAUAAAAAGUGUAGAGAAACCAGGUGUGCAAAGAAACAACACUCUGGGAAUCGUCACAGCUAAGAAAAAGAAGAAAGUGCUCAUGAGGGGUGAAAGUGGAGAUGGUACUGAUGAUGAAAUGACAACUCGAAAAGCAAGACCUUUUAAGGAAAAUCGGAGUAGAAGUGGUUCAGACCCUCAAGAUAUUGAUGAGCAAGAUGAAAUAGAACCAAGUCUUCUGGUUGCUUUUUCUGGUACCAGUACCUUACCUUCCAGAAGAACACAAUCGCUGACUACCUCAGUACCACCUAGUGUAACACCUGGGGUCUCUUCACCUGUCAGACCAGUAUCUUCACCUGUGAUGCCAUCAUCAGUAAAAGGUCAAUCUAGCGCAUGGAGCAGCAGUAGCUGGCAUGGAAGAGUUAAAGGAGGAUUGAAGGGUUUCCAAACCUGCAUGGUGUCUGAUAGCAACAUGAGUUUUGUUGAAUUUAUAGAGCUCUUCAAGUCUUUCAGUGUUCGAAGCCGUAAGGAUUUGAAGGAUCUUUUUGAUGUAUAUACUAUACCAUGCAAUCGAUUGAGUGCUGAAUCUGUUCCCCUGUAUACCUCUCUUAAGAUUGAUGAGAAUACCAAUGGACUCCAGCCUGAUUUAGAUUUACUGACUAGGAACAUAUCAGAUUUGGGCUUGUUUAUUAAGAGCAGGCAGCAGCUAUCAGACAACCAGCGACAAAUAUCUGAUGCUAUUGCUGCAGCAAGCAUUGUUACUAAUGGCACUGGAGUAGAGAGCACAUCUCUGGGGAUAUUUGGAGUGGGCAUCCAGCAACUCAAUGACUUCUUAGUAAAUUGUCAAGGAGAACAUUAUACAUAUGAUGAAAUCCUCAGCAUUAUUCAGAAGUUUGAGCCAAGCAUCAACAUGUGUCAGCAAGGACUAAUGUCAUUUGAAGGAUUUGCACGGUUUUUAAUGGAUAAAGAUAAUUUUGCUUCUGUGAACAAUGAGUCACAGGAAAACACAGAAGAUUUACUCUUCCCACUGUCAUAUUAUUACAUCGAAUCAUCACAUAAUACAUAUCUCACAGGACAUCAGCUUAAAGGAGAAUCCUCAGUAGAACUUUACAGCCAGAUUCUUUUACAAGGCUGUAGAAGUGUGGAAUUGGACUGCUGGGAUGGUGAUGAUGGAAUGCCUGUUAUUUAUCAUGGACAUACACUCACAACUAAGAUUUCUUUUAAGGAAGUAGUUGAAGCUAUUGACCGCAAUGCCUUUGUCACCUCAGACAUGCCAAUCAUCAUAUCAAUUGAAAACCACUGUUCCUUGCCCCAGCAACGAAAAAUGUCUGAAAUUUUCAAGAACACAUUUGGAGAAAAGCUGGUAACUAAAUUUUUAUUUGAGAGUGACUUUUCUGAUGAUCCUAUGCUACCUUCUCCCCAUCAACUAAGAAGAAAGGUUUUGCUUAAAAACAAAAAGCUCAAAGCUCAUCAGACUCCAGUGGAUAUUUUAAAACAGAAGGCUCAUCAGCUGGCAUACAUGCAAGCUCAGGCAAGCAAUGGUGGUAAUUUGGGGAAUCUUACCACUACUAAUGAAGAAGAAGAGGAUGAAGAAGAUGAGUAUGACUAUGACUAUGAAUCUCUUUCUGAUGAUAACAUUCUGGAAGACCGACCUGAGAAUAAGUUAACCAUUGAUAAGCUUCAGUUUGAAUACAGUGAAGAAACUGCUAAGAGAAUAAAAAAGAUGGAUAGCACUGCGUACAACAGUAAAGGAAAGGUUUAUGACAUGGAAUUAGGUGAAGAAUUUUAUCUUUCUCAAAAUAAAAAAGAAAGUAGACAAAUAGCACCAGAGUUGUCAGACCUUGUCAUCUACUGUCAAGCUGUAAAAUUUCCUGGGCUGUCAACUCUAAAUCCAUCUGGUUCUAGCAGAGGGAAGGAAAGAAAAAGCAGGAAGUCCAUAUUUGGCAACAAUCCUGGAAGGCUAAGCCCGGGGGAGCCUGCGAUGCUUGCCAAAGCAUCUGGAAAAGGUGCCUUUGAUAGUGCACGACAGACCUGGGAAGAAGCUUGUUCACCUGCUUUUAGCCCUACAGCUUCUCUCAGCUCUAUAAUAAGGACACCUAGAUGCUACCAUAUAUCUUCUUUGAAUGAAAAUGCUGCGAAGCGCUUGUGCAGGCGAUAUUCUCAGAAGUUGAUACAGCAUACGACCUGCCAGCUGCUGAGGACAUAUCCAGCUGCUACACGCAUUGACUCCUCCAAUCCUCAUCCCCUUCUUUUUUGGCUCCAUGGGGUACAGCUAGUAGCACUAAACUACCAAACUGAUGAUCUUCCUCUGCAUUUAAAUGCAGCCAUGUUUGAAGCAAAUGGUGGCUGUGGGUAUGUUCUGAAACCUCCUGUGCUGUGGGAUAAGAACUGCCCAAUGUACCAACACUUCUGUCCUUUAGAAAGAGAGCUGGACAAUAUGGAACCAGCUAUUUAUUCGUUGACGAUUGUGUCUGGACAGAAUGUUUGUCCUGGUAACAGCACAGGAAGCCCCUGCAUUGAAGUGGAUGUCCUUGGCAUGCCUCUAGAUAGCUGCCAUUUUCGUACCAAGCCCAUUCAUCGCAAUACUCUCAACCCCAUGUGGAAUGAACAGUUUCUUUUCCGGAUUCACUUCGAGGAUCUAGUAUUUCUUCGUUUUGCAGUUGUUGAAAACAAUAGUUCAGCUGUGAUGGCUCAAAGAAUUAUUCCACUAAAGGCUUUAAAAAGAGGGUACAGACAUCUUCAGCUACGAAGCCUUCAUAAUGAAGUACUAGAAAUCUCAAGUUUGUUCAUUAACAGUAGAAGAAUGGAAGAAAAUCCUUCUGGAAACGCUUUGUCUGCUACUUCGCAGUUCAGCACAGCAGAGAGGAGAGCAGCUGCCAUGUACAAAGUUACAGUAUGUGGCAUUCCAGGGCCAGAACCUUUUACCCUUUUUACUGUAAAGCAAGGAACCACUGUAGCUCAGCUUCUGUAUCAAAUUUUCACUACCACAAAAGGCAUUGGAAAGUAUCCAGCAGACUAUUUUUUAAUGGAAGAGAAAUGCUUUAUAUCUAAAGAAAGAAAUGAAUAUAGCAAACCACCAUUCCAAAGAGUGCUUGGCCCUGAGGAGGAGCUUGUUCAGCUCUUGAACAGCUGGUUCCCAGAAGAAGGCUAUGUUGGAAGGAUUAUCUUUAAAACACGUGAGGAAAACUUGAACAGGAGAAAUUUCUUUCAGGAGGAGAAAGACGAAGCAGUUACUGUUUCUGAAGAUGACAGCUUCUUUGUUCAAGUCCACGAUGUUUCCCCAGAACAGCCUCGGACAGUCAUCAAAGCUCCUCGCUUCAGUACAGCCCAGGAUGUUAUCCAGCAGACUUUAUGCAAAGCCAAAUAUUCCUACAGUAUUUUGAACAAUCCCAAUCCAAGUGAUUAUGUCCUUUUGGAGGAAGUGACAAAAGAGCAAGCAAACAAGAAGUCUUCAACAGCCAAAACAUCUCAGAGGAUUCUUUCUGACCAAGAGUGUGUAUUUCAGGCUCAGAAUAGGUGGAAGGGAGCUGGGAAAUUUAUCCUCAAACUUAAAGAGCAAGUCCAGGCUGGUCGAGAUGAUAAAAAGAAAGGCAUCUCAUUAGCUAAUGAACUUAAGAAAUUAACAAAAUCAAGUAAGCAGUACCGGGGCUUUAUAACUCCACCUUUACAAACUUCUUCAGAUGGCCUCCAAAAUAAAGAUGACAAGACUACUUGCAGUUUGACUUUCAGUGACACUGUGGAGUAAUCUUCUGUUUUAUAUUCAGGGAAGUGUAAAUACAAGAUACAAAAAGCCACAUGGAAGUGCAGAGAAGCAAAGAAAAUGAUGGAGAUGGAUCCCUUUCUUCAGCCUCUUCUUUGAGCAAUUUUUAAUUUGUAACUGGAACAUGUUUAGAUAAGAAACAGACCUUUCUGCG